GCGAGCGGUGACGGUGUUCAACGAGCACAAUUUCUUCUUGAAUUUCUCGAAAUUUUUCGUUCAACUCUAUAAAAACUCUUCACGAUGUCAGAGAAGAAAGGACACAAGAGACCCGCAUAUUUGCAAUAUGUCUUUGGAGGAGGCAGUGGAAUGGGAGCAACUUGCAUCGUACAGCCGCUCGAUCUCGUGAAAACUCGCAUGCAAAUUUCCGGCGUUGGCGGCGCAAAGAAAGAAUACAAAAACACUUUCGAUGCUCUCACGAAAAUCAUCAAAGCGGAAGGCGUUUCGGGCAUUUACAAGGGUUUAGGAGCUGCUUUGUUGCGUCAAGCUACCUACACGACGACUCGUUUGGGCGUUUAUACCGGCUUGAAUGAUUAUUAUCGCAAAUCAACGGGCGCCGCGCCAAAUUUGCUCGUUUCCAUGGGUUUGGGAAUGAUGGCAGGCGCUGUUGGAGCAUUUGUUGGCACGCCAGCUGAAGUUUCGCUCAUCCGAAUGACAGCUGAUGGAAGAUUACCUGUCGCCGAGCGUCGCAAUUACACGGGAGUCUUUAACGCUUUAUCGCGAAUGGUGCGUGAAGAGGGCUUAGUUACGCUGUGGCGUGGAUGUGUACCAACUGUGGGACGAGCAAUGGUCGUAAAUGCGGCGCAAUUGUCCUCAUACACUCAAGCAAAACAAGCUCUCGUGAAGAAAUGCAAUAUGAAAGAAGGCAUCGGCUUGCACUUUGUCGCUUCAAUGAUUUCAGGAUUUGUGACGACAGCAGCUUCAAUGCCCGUCGAUAUCGCCAAAACUCGCAUUCAAAACAUGAAAACGGCGCCUGGGGCACAACCCGAAUACAAAGGAGCUGUCGAUGUGCUCAUCAAAGUCGUGAGACACGAGGGAUUGUUCGCUUUGUGGAAGGGAUUCACGCCGUACUAUUGCCGUCUUGGACCACAUACCGUCAUUACAUUUAUUUUCAUGGAGCAAAUGAACACAGCUUACAACAAAUUUGUGCUGAAAGACGAAAAUGCGACAUCAUCCGGGUUGUAGAUCGUCGACGGAGUGUGUGUGCGUGUUCCUUAUUGCAAAAAAAAAGUGUUCUAAAUAUCUAGAUUUAAUUUUAUUUUCGGAGAAAUUGGGAUAAAUGUCGAACAUUUUCCCGUUUCAUUGCACAUUUUUAGGCGAAAAAAGUGAAAAUUUAGUAUUUUUUUGUUUGUUACAAAGAAUUACACGAAGAAAAGUAAAAUUAAAUGUUGUUCUAUUUUUAACGUGCUCAUGCUGUUGGCCCGUUAACGUUUGAAAAUGUAUAAAAAAUCAAUAGAAAGUCAUAAAAAAAAUACUCCUCACACACAAAUCUACAAAAAUAUCAACAAACGAUACAAAAAAAACAAAUGACAAUACAGAACCAAGAAUUUCCUCUUUUAAAUAUUUAAUUUAUCUACUGAAAUAUUCCUUAAAACUAUUUUUUAAUAUUUUAUUUUAUUUUUCUACACAACUUUUUUUUCCUGCACUUUUUUUAAAUAAUUUAUUUUUCUAUAAAAAAAUUACUAAAUAAACAUUUUUUUUCUUGUUGAAACAAACUGCAUUUAUUCUGGUAGUUUUUGGUUCACCAAAGUUAGUAAAAAUAAAUAAAAAGAACAAAAAUGUAUCAAAAUAGGAUAAA